UUUCGCGUAUAUAUAUUUACGCAAUAGUUGCGUUCUUAUGAUGGAGCAAACAGUUUCUUAGUGGUUGAGACCACUUUUUUUUUAGUUUUUCUAUAUUUUUAUAAAAGUUUUAGCCAGAUUUAUCUGCAAAUAAUCGUAUCAGAAAAUAAAAUUCUAUAAUUAAAAUAAUGCGUGUUUUCAUGAUGCAAAAUUUUUAUCGAUUAAUUCUAUUUAUAUGGCUUGUAUCUAUUCUAACCUUAUCUAUCAGUGAUGAAAUUAAAACAGAUGGUAAUACAUCUUUAACGUUAAAUAUAAACAAUGUUGAUAGUGAUUCUAAAACCGAACAUCAAAUUUCAUCUUCAUCAAUUCAAUUUAUGCCUGAAUCCGUUAAUUCUAAAAAAAUACAGAAUCAAAGUAUUGCCACUCCUUUAGUUGCUGGAGAAGGUGGUCCAAUAUCACUUAUACCUCCUACUCAGCAAACAUCUACUAUUUCCCAUUUAAAAGAUGUUACUGAUUUACAAGAUAAUUUAGAUUUACAAGAUAAUUUAUCACAAAAAGAAGAUGAUAUUUUAUAUGUAAAGAAAAAAAAGAAUACUUCUAAAAUCGUGUCAAGAAAAGGAGCAGAUAAUGGAAAUAUUUCUAUUAAAAUGACACUAUCCAAUGACACAAAACCUAUUAUUGAAUUUUCAACAAUAGCAAGUAAUAUUUCUAAUAAUGCAAAAAUUGAUAUAAAUAUGAAUAAUUCAAAAUCAAAUGUUAGUGAUAAAAAUAUAAAUAAUGCUUCAAAUACAAUUGUAAAUAAUACUUUAUAUCUAACAAAUGUAACGCAAAAAUUAUUAAGUGUAACAGCAUCAUCAAUCCAAGAACAUAAACCUAAACCAACUGCAACAGUAAUAGAAUCUAAUAAUGAUAAACAAGCAUUUAUACCUCAUACUAAAGGUUCACGCUUAGGAAUGCCAAAGAAAAUUGAUUAUGUCUUACCAGUUAUUAUUACUCUUAUAGCUCUACCAGUUUUGGGUGCUAUUAUUUUCAUGGUUUAUAAACAAGGUAGAGAUUGUUGGGAUAAAAGACAUUACCGACGAAUGGAUUUUCUUAUUGAUGGCAUGUACAAUGAUUAAUAUUUAUAAAUAUGACAUCACUUAAUUCGGUUCAUAAUUUUCAUUCAUAUAUGCAAUAUACAUAACAGUUGAAUAUACUAUUUUGCCAUUAGCUAGAAAAAACAUUAUAUUUCAAUUAUAUAUAAUUUUUUAUUUUAUUGCAAUUUUCUGCAUAUAUUUUUAUCAUGCUACUGCCUUAAUAUGAGAUUUGUUAUUAUAUAUUAAUUAGUAUCAUGUUUAUAAUUUUAGACAAAUGGUGCAUAGGAAAGACAAUAUGGAAAUAACAACAAAUUUACAAUUAUAGCAAUAACAUUUUAUUAUGAAUUCUUAAAAUGAAGUACUUUCAAAAUAAAGAUUUUAUUUUAAUUUACAAAAUAAUUAAUGAUACUUUUAUAAUUGUACAUUAAAGCAAUUUUUAAAAUUAGAGAUUUUUAAUUACAUUACUUUUUCAUUAAAAAUUCUUAAUAAAAAAAUAAAUGUGCCAAGAAUUUAUGAAACCAGUGAUAUAUUAAUGUUUUUUCUUUCAGUAUAUAAAAAGUAAGUUUUUUUGAUAUGAUAUGAAAAAAUAUAUUUAUAUUUUGAUAUUAUAAUUUAAAUUUGUUUUUAAUUAUAUUUCCAUAUGAUUUCCUCUUCAUUAAAAUUUGAUUUUAUUUUUUAAAUUUUAUAAAAUGUUCUUUAUAUUAUGAAUUGUAAAAUAGUAGUAUUUAACUCGCCAAAGAAGUUAUUCAUGUAAUUUGAUGUUUGCAUUUACUUAUUAUAAUUAUUAUGUGUUAUUAUCUUUUUACUUAUGUUUUUGAAAAAAUUUGUUUAUAUAAAUUGAUAAUUAUAAUUACAAAUGGAAAAAUAAAAUGGACAUUAAAUGUUCAUUUGUAAAAUUAUCAUAUUAUAAAAUAUAUAAGCAAUGAUUUAUGCAAUUACUUUAUCUAAUAAGGUUACUGCAAUUGUUAUUAAUGCUAGUAGAAUUUUAUGAACUUUUUUAUCUUUUUUAACGUUCGUAAAAUUUGUAUAUUAUUCAGAUAUAAUAAAGCAAUAACUAUUUUUAUAUAUGUAUGUAAAAAAAUUAUUCAUAUUCUUAUAAAAUAUAAGUACUUGUAAUUGAAAAUGUUUUAUUAUUUUUUACAUUUUUCAUCAUUGAAAAGAAAUUCGCAAUUUUGAUUUCGAUAUUUUAUUAGUAAGCUUAUUAUAUGUAGAUACAUAAAAUUAUUAAUAUUAGCAUUUCAUAUAAAAUACAAAAUUUAUAAUGACAAAGAAUAAAGUAGCUAUUCCUUGUAAUAAUUAUUAAAGAAAUAAUAAGAUAGUAUUUUUAUAAAUGUGAUACAUAAUUUUAAUUUUUUAUAUAUAUUUAUAUCACAUAAAAAUUUGUUUUAUAUAUAAAAAAAUUGAUGAAGCUUCAAUUCCGAUUUGAUUUGUAUAUUUUUGUUAUAUGCAUAAGUUUGAUUAGAGAAGAACAUUAUUAUUUUGAUAUUAAUGUAUCUAAUAAUUUUGAAUAUUUUAAUUUUUAUUUUGUAACUUUAAAGUGCAUAAUCUUUUAAUAAUCUUCGGUUUUUAAUAAUCUAAAGUAAUUACAUUUUUUACUAAGUUGCUACGAUCAUAAUUUUUUCUUAGAUUAAAUUUAUUGCUUUUAUUAUUGAAUUAAAUAUAAAAAUAGUAAUUGUUUCACAAAGAAUUUUAUCUUUAUAAUUUCAAUAUAAACAUAAUUUUGUCAAAUAUGUUUUUGGAAUACCGCUAUAUCAUGUGAUUAUUAACAAAGUAAUAUCUAGAUGAAAUAUUCGAUAUAUUUCUAAGUUUUCUAACAAUAUAUUUUUUUAAGAAAAACAUUCGAAUAAUCUAAAAUUCAUCUAUUAAAUUUAUAUUAAAAUUUUUAUAAUGUUCCAGACAUCUUUUUUUAUAACUUUGAAUUAAAAAAUAAAUUCUAAACGUUUUGUUGUAUUUAAAACAAAUAUUUUUACAUCUGAAAAUAUUAGUUAAAAUUACAUUUAUCAUAUUUUUGUACAAAAACUGUAAAAAUAAUAUAUAGAUUGCUUAAUACAUUAUAUUCAUGUCAUUAUAAUGUUUAUAAUAACUGAAAUUGCAUAAUAAUUAAAAAUAUGCAGUUUUGUAAAUAAAAAAAUUAUAUCCUAUUUAUUUAAUCCUAUUUACUUAUUGAAAAAUAUAAAUUUU